UGCUCGAACUUGGUUGCAAUUCGAGUGGUUUCGACUGCUGCUGCAACCCCCGCCGACUUGUGGAAGUUGGAAUGCGAAUGCGCCGGACGUUGAUUCCCCUUUAUUGAAGCCAAUGAUGCAAUGGGAACUCUCUCUCUCUCUUCUCAAAAGCGAAUGGCAACCGAGAACUUUCCCGGCGCUUUAUGGUGUUCUUUUUCUUGCAUGACUCGUCUCACUUACUCCAAUAAAGAUUCGGGUGGGGACAACCGUUCUGUUCUCAAGACUCCAGAGUGGAGUGGUUGAAGGAUUUGAGAGCAGAAAUUCUAGAUAUCUCUUUGUUCUUCCUCCUCCUCCUCCUCUCUUGCUAUUCAUGGAGAUGUCCAUCUCUUAGUAACAGCAUCAUGGGCACCCCCUUUCUCGUCGAGAUAAAGAAGCAGGCGUCCUUCUUCUUCAAGGAGAAGCUUAGGAGUGCCCGGUUGGCCUUCACCGACGUCACCCCAGCAGAGUUAUUGACAGAAGAGGUGACAAAUGGUAAUCCAUCGGCACCAGAUACGAAGGUGAUGGGUUUGAUAUCGAAAGCUGCUUUUGAAGUGGGUGAUUAUUGGAGAAUAGUGGAAAUUUUGCAUAAGAGGUUGGAAAAGUUUGAUAGGAAAAAUUGGCGACAGUCAUACCAAGCUUUGGUGCUCCUGGAGUACCUUCUCACUCAUGGACCAGAAAGUGUUUCUGGAGAAUUUCAGUGUGAUAAAGAAGUUAUCAAGGAAUGUGGCGAUUUUCAGUAUGUUGAUGAAAGGGGAUUUAACUGGGGUCUUCCUGUAAAAAAUAAAUGCGAGAGAAUACUAAAAUUUCUUGAUGAUGGAGGCCUUCUUAAAGAAGAGCGACAACGAGCACGCAAACUCACUUGUGGGAUCAAAGGAUUUGGGAGUUUUUCUCAGAUGUCUUUAAGAUCAGAGGCUCAAAGAUUUGGAGAAUCCAUUUAUAAUUCAUUCGAAAGGUGGAAUUCUCAGUGCAAUGACUAUGCAGAGCAGGAUGAUUCAUACUCUCCAACAGCCAAAAGUUCUGCACGAAUUGGUAAAAACAGCUCAUGCCCAAGCUCUGAGUUCUACAUGGACCCGGAAACAUCUUUGUCUGCCAUUGAGAAAAAUGAAUUUAGUAGCAUGCCUUUGAAUGAACAAACAAAAGGAUCAGAUUUGCGGGAGGAAAACACAGAGAACGAGAACUUCAUAAAGAAAGAGAAGGAUGAAACUGUUUCAGCAAAGAAUUUGACAGCAAAAGGACAUGAUGAUCAGUGGGAUCUAAGACUGGAAUCUGACCCUCUUUUCGGUGUUGAUGAAAAACAACAAGUUGGAUAUGCAGAUUCGUCAUUAGAGACAUGCAAUAGUCAUCCAUUUAUGCGUAUUGAAUCACAUGCCAAGAGUGGUUUACUUUCUUCAGGAUUGCGUUGAAGUCUAAGAAUUCAGAAAAAUGAAGAAGCUUUCUGUCACUUUUGAUGUUGGGAACGGGUGUACAGGCUCUAGCCAUGCCAUGAACUUCGGAUCUGUAUUCAUGCUAAUGCUUUGUUGGUUGGUUGCAGAUGCAACAUAUGCAUGUUAAUAUGAUUGAAUAUUUGUAGUUUGUAGCUUUGCUUCUGUGCUGUUUCAUACAUUGUGAGCAACUAUGUUGCUUUCUAAAGUUCUACAGACGUGUAAGGAAUUCCAAGGAUGCAGAAGUUAUCAG